UCUUAACUGGCCGACGACCUCUUCAACUACACAAUAUUUAAAGCAUGUCAGAAGAGACGAUAAAAGAGCAGAAACGAGUUCCAAGAGAUGCACGUAUUGUCCAUCUUAUUCUUGCAUCAUUAGGAGUUGAAGCGUAUCAGCAGAAUGUGCCUCUUCAGCUGCUUACCUUUGCGCAUCGAUAUACACAUCAAGUUCUUCAAGAUGCAUUAGUGUAUUCUGAUUACGCGCGUCCAGAAGGGGGUACGGGAUUGACGGUAGAAGAUAUUAGACUAGCAAUUGCGUCACAAAUGAAUAAUUCAUUUCGUGGACCGCCACCUAAGGAAUUUCUUCUUGAAUUGGCGUUUGAAAGGAAUAGGAAGCCACUGCCGCCGAUAUAUCCUACGUAUAAUCUUCGUCUUCCGCCUAAAAAAUAUCUUUUAACGGCGCCAAACUGGGAUUUUGACGUGCCUAAAUCUAAAAAUGAUGAUAUAUGAUAUAAUUUUGGUUAUAUUUUAUAUUUUUUUUUA